CCCGGCUCAGUUCAUCGAAUCCUCAAUCCGCUUUCCUAGUCAGCCGAUUCUUGUAGAUAUGUCCCUCGCUGGUCACAUGAGGAAUGCCGCUGAAACUCCACCGUAUUGUCUUCCUGGAAUUGAACAAUGAACAUCCUUGCCUGUGGCACAGAGCUCUACUCCUUACAUUGGUACGCUCAAAACAGCGACGCCACGAUGCACGCCUUAGCGAAUCUACCAACCAGGCUGAUAUUGCUGUGAUGGCCAUUUUCUUACAUUCUAGAAAAAGAAAAACUUUUCGUCAUGUACAACAAACGGAAGAGACUGCUUGCUCGCCUCAGAAAAGAAGUAUGCCAAGAGAAUUCAUUGCGAAAAAAGGUCUAUUGAAUAUUACAUGAGAAGAACUCGCGCGAAAGCAGUAUCAUCAUC